AUGGUGCGGUGCUGGCUGGUGAUGUGGCUACUGUUGACCUUAGAUUUGGCCUAUGCUACCGGGAUUGGUGGCUCCAGUCAGGUGCGAAGUUUAAUGGCGAAACUGCUCAACUCCCACUUCCGUCCGGCUCAGAGUGUCGAUGCCUCCCAUAUUGUUUUGGCAGCUGGUGGCAGCUUUGCUUUAACGGCUCUUGUUGAACAAAUCUGCAACCCUGGAGAUGGGAUCUUGAUUGCCACACCUUACUGGUCUGGUCUAGAUAUAUCAAUUUCCAUCCAUGCUCAUGGAAAGAUUCUUCCAGUCUAUGUCCCACUGGACAAGUUCUUUCUUCCGGAGAGCGUGGAACACUACGAAGAGGCCCUUUUAAGCAAAGAUUUUGGAUGCAACGGGAUCCGUGUGGCUGUCCGCUUAAGUGCAGCGUUAAGCACGCACAGUCAGGUUUCAUCUCUAUCAAUGGCUUUUACAUCUAGAGCAAUCCUCAGGUCAAGUUUCGUUGAGGAGAUUGCUUAUACUAGAAACAGGACCCUAAGCCAGGCAUAUUCCGUAGUCUCUUCGUUUCUGAACACUAACCAGAUGGAAUUCAUUCCAGCAUACUAUGGAAUGUUUGUCUUUGCGAGACUACGUAAUCUUGACACUGACUUUGAGGCGGAGAAGAGGCUUCUUGCGUGUCUCAAGACAAGAGGAGUCUCGCUUUCAACAGGCUCAAGUUACCAUUUUAACGAAGCAGGGUGGUUCCGAAUCUGCUAUGCAGUGCCAAUAUCUCAAUUACAUGAAGGUCUGAAAAGGAUUGCAUUUGGUGUCCGGGAUUAUCUAGGCGAGAUGGAACCAGGCCUCUCAGUAUAA